CCUCUUUCUCCUUCCAUGUCCUAUGGGGGAAAUAACUGGGGGUGGUGGUGUGUGUUUGUGUGUUCCUGGGGCAAGCUCUUCUCAUGCCCUUCUCUCCCUCCGGCCACAGGAGAAUACGUGGAAGGGGUCAGCGAGCAGGACGUCCUUCUCCUCCACUCUUGCCGCCAGUGGACGACGGUGACCGCCCACAGCCUGGAAGAGGGCCACUACGUCAUUGGCCCGAAGAUCGACAUCCCCCUCCAGUACCCAGGGAAGUUCAAGCUGCUGGACCAGGACAGGGACCACCGGGAGCCCGUGCAGUAUUUCAACAGCGUGGAGGAGGUGGCCAGCAUCUUCCCGGACCGGGUCUUCGUCAUGGAGGCCAUCACCUUCAGCGUCAAGGUGGUGUCGGGCGAAUUCAGUGAAGAUAGUGAAGUCUACAAUUUCACACUGCACGCAGGCGAUGAGCUGACGCUCAUGGGCCAGGCGGAGAUCCUGUGUGCGAAAGCCGCCAAGGAGAAGUCACGCUUCAACACGUUACUGCGGAAGUUGGGCAAAGCGGGGGUCCCCGGCAGCGCCGGCAGCGGGGCCAGCUGUGCUCCUAGCCCCGGAGGGGGCGGGGGCGGAGGCGGGGGCAAGCAGCUGAAAGGGAAGAUGCCCUGCUUGAUCUGCAUGAACCACCGGACCAACGAGAGCCUGAGCUUGCCCUUCCAGUGCAAAGGGCGCUUCAGCACCCGCUCCCCGCUGGAGCUGCAGAUGCAGGAAGGGGAGCACACCAUCCGCAGCAUCAUCGAGAAGGUGCGGCUGCCCGUCAACGUGACCGUGCCCAGCCGGCCACCCCGCAACCCCUACGACCUGCACACCAUCCGGGAAGGCCACUGCUACAAGCUGGUGAGCAUCAUCUCCAAGACGGUGGUGCUGUGCUGCAUCCUUCGCCGGGAGGCGCUGGCCCCCUUCCACCUCCUCCUGCUGACGGACAUGCCCCACUUCCUGCUGCCGGAGGGGACGCUGCGCGGGGGCGGCGACCCACAGCUGGCAAAGCUGCUGCGGGAGAGCGCCGCCCUCUGCCAGGAGUGCUUUGACCCCAACGAGUACUCCAAGGCCGUGCGGGAGGCCAAGCCGGACUUCUCGGAGGAGUGUGCGAGUCCGCGCCGCGUGCGGCUGUGCCUGCAGGGUUACGCCCGGGAGGAACUGGCCCAGUCCUUCCAGCACCUCUCGCUCUGCCUCUACAGCGCCUCCUCCGAGACCACGUGUCAGGACUCUGCCCCGGGAGGGAAGAGCCAGCGGUUAGUGCUCCCCUCUCGCCAGGAGCAGUCUACCUUUUUCUCUGAAACCCUGGACUCUGAGCGAGAAUACACCACCCCCGACUGGGCUGAGCCCAUGUUCCGGACUCAGGAGCUCCCCUACGAGGAGCUUUGGACCAAUCAGAAUGCUGACAAUUAUGCGGAACCCACCAGCCCCCCUCUGAGACUGGAGAGCGCCCACAAGCGGGACCUCAUCUCCUUCGCCAGCCUCGCCUCACCACUGGGUUCCCCGCGCCGUCAGGGCCUGCUGAGGGAGGAGCCCAUGGGGGACGCUCCGCCCCCAGUUCCCCCCAAAUCUGACGCGGACGGGGGAAGGUGUUCGUCCCAGCACAGGAUGACGGCGACGGGUCUUCCUUCUGCCCCCCCCCGCUGUCUCUUCCAGGUGAGAGAGGAGUGCCGCCUCCUGGUCGCCCCACCAGUGCCGCCGCGGGGGGGCCACACCUCGGCCACCUCCAGUCCACCGGUGCCGGUGCGCUUCCCUAGGCUCCAGGCCACGUCCUCCCCCAGCGCCAGCCUCUCCUUCUACUCGUCUGGAAUCCAUGAUGUGUCGAAACCGCGGAGCGGGAGCGCCUCCCCGUCGCCGGACGCCUACUCGCUCUACUGCUACCCGUGCCCCUGGGGGGACUGCCAGAUCGGCCUCUCCGAGGACGUGGUCAGCGGGUUCGCCCGCGAGCGCAUCGACGGCAGCCUCUUCGUCCAGCUGAGCGAGGCCAUCCUGGCCGAGGACUUCCGCCUGACCAAGCUCCAGGUCAAGAAGAUCGUCCAGUUCAUCAAGGGAUGGAGGCCCAAGAUCUAGGGCCGGCCCGCAGGGAGGGAGGACCGGGAGGGAGGACCGGGGUGACCCACCCACCCCAUCUUCGCCAGAGGCCGGCCGGAGGACUUGCAGAUGGGAGCCCGGGACAGCGGAGGGAGCGGGGGAGGGGGAAGGAGAGCGAGGACGGAGACGGUGUGUGUGUGUGUGUGUUUGUGUGUGAGCCGCAUCCCCUAAGAGGCCACCUGGAGCGGCGCGGGGAGAUCAGGGCGCCCCUGCUUUGCCUGGAGGGGGGCCGAGGGAGCUGCCGCCCCGCCCCGCCUGGGGCCAUGGGGGGGACUUCUCAGAGCCAACCUCGCUUCUUGCAGCGGCGCCCCCUUUCUCCGGGAGAGUUUUGGGGUUUCCUGCGCUCCCCCGGAGCUCUCACUCUCUCCCUGGGAGGGGGGGGCCAGGACAGGACCGGUAGGGGCCAGGUUUGGGAAGGCCCUUUUGCCUCCCCCCCCCGCUCUAUUCCUGCCCUUCCUGGGCUCAUGGAGGGAUUUUUUUGGGGGGGCUCCCAGGCACCUGGAGCCAGAAGAGGCCUUUGGGAUGCUCUCUCUCCUCCGCGACACUUGAGCGCCAGAGGUAGACGUUCAAGCCCUCACCUUCCAUCAGGGUCUCUGUGCGUCUUACUAAUCUCCCCCCCCUUGUGCACCCCCAGCCCAACUCCAGGCUGGGUCCUCGCAGCCUGGCUCUUGCCAGCCGCCCCCCUCCCUGCCUCCCUUGGGGGGGGGCUCCACUCGUGUCACUUGCAGCUUCUUUCACUUCCUUGGAGGAGGAGGACCGGCGCUCCCUUGCUCUGUAACACAGGCGGUGGUUUUUAGCACCCAGAGGUCGGGGGGGGGGCGCUCGCCUCCCGCUCUUGCCUAGAGAAGAGUUUGCAUUUGCUUCUUUCUCUAAUCACUGCCAUAGACAAAUAAA